AUGAGAGAAUUUAUGAAGUCAUGGGGUGAAAUUGCAAGAGGCUUACCCUUAAGUGUUGUUCCAUUUUUAGAUAGAUCUAUGCUGAAGCCAAAACCAAAACAACCCUUUAAAAUUGAAGACAACCCUGAAAUUAUUUCUCCAGUUGUACCACUGAAUGAACAAUCUGUAUUCAAAUCCUUCUGUUUUGACCUCCAAAAAUUGAUGCAACUGAAGAAUAUAGCUGCUAUGGAGGAUGAAACCAUAAAGGGUACUACUAGUGCUACAGAUUUCCAAUUGAUCAUGGCAUUUAUAUGGCGAGCACGAACCAAGGCCCUUAAAAUGAACCCUUCUGAUCAAUCGAAGCUAUUUAUCAUUUUAGAUGGACGGCAUCGAUUUGGUCCAUCAUUUCCAAAAGGUGCAGGAGAACUAAUAGAAAGGCCACUGUGGUUUGCAGUUGAUUUGAUGAAAAGGGCACUUGAAUUGAACUUCAUUCAAUCACUUGAUGAUUACUUGGAAAACGUUCAAUCAUGCCUAGACACUGUAAAAGCAUCAACUACAGAACUACUACUGGAUACAGCAUUUAUUGGCAACAAAUGGUCUACAUUUCUGUCCAAUGAUAUUGAUUUUGGUUGUGGAGUUCUCACGCAAAUUGGAGCUCCAAUUCCACAAAAGGACCUUGUUUUGGUCAAUAGCCACAUAAAGGGUAGUAAGAACAAGAUCCUAACAUUGGGUCUGACUCGUUCCAACAUGAAAGCCUUUGAAGAGAUCAUGCAAUCAGAGAUGGGAAUUCAAGCAUGUAUCUAA